AUGGCGCCCAUCCCCAUAACUCUCGUGACGGGGUUCCUAGGAAGUGGCAAAACCACGCUACUUCUCUCCCUGAUCCCCCAGCUCAAAGCUCUCAACCCCGACUACAAGCUGGCGCUGCUCAAGAACGAGUUCGGCGAUCUAGCAAUCGACUCGCAGCUCGCCUCUUCCAAUGCAAUCUCUGGCGUCCGGGAAAUGCUGAAUGGCUGCAUAUGCUGCAACCUUGUCGGGCAGCUCGGCCCAGCGCUAGAGGAGCUGCGCGAAUCCGUACCAGGCCUUGAUCGCGUUGUCAUUGAGACUUCUGGCUCUGCUUUUCCCGCGACACUGGCCAUGGAGGUGAAUAGGCUGGCGCGGGAGACGAAAGGUCGAUAUGCGCUUGAUGGUGUGGUGACCGUCAUCGAUGUUGAGAACUGGAAGGGCUACGAAGAUACGAGUUAUACCGCGAAGCUGCAGGCGAAAUUCACGGAUCUGAUUGUGUUUAAUAAAUGGGAAGCGGCCGGAGAAAGGAGAUUCGACGAGUGCCUUGAUAGGCUGGGAGAUAUGGAGGGUGUGGAAGUUGCUUGGGUCAAGAGUGACAAAGGAAGCGUGCCGCAAGGCGUUAUAUUUGGCAUUGAUGUUAGCUUGGCAAGGGAGCUCGGUGAGGAGACUUCAGAGCAUGCACAUAGCCAUGGAGGCACGAACAAAGAACAUCACCAAAGUGAGGUUGAAGUUCUGUCAGUGACGCUGACAUCUGGAGAGAGUGAUACAACUGUGGACACAAUUAAUCUCACGAAAUUACUGCAAAGAGCGCCGAAGGAUGAAGUAUACCGCAUAAAGGCACUUUUUACUGCAGCCAGGCCAAUUCCCGGAUCUGAUGCGGAUGUUGCGGUCACCGAAGCAGCAAGUGGGCCAUCAAGAUACAUUCUCAACUGGGCUUUUGGGAGGUGGACAUGCACACCAGUACCAGAAGGGGUCGAUGAACACGAAUCUAGUGACGGCGUUAUACUUCGCAUGACCAUCAUUUUAGCGAGAUAUGAGAGUACGAAAUGGAAGAAGAGGAUAGAAAACGAUGGGUUUGUUGGCUUGGAAGGGCAAGAUAAGGGGUUAUUAAAGGUUGAGAAGAUUGCUUGA